AUGGCUGAGACAAUUUUGUCGUUUGGACUCGAGAAGCUUUGGAACCUCCUUGUUCGAGAAUCUGAACGAUUUCAGGGAGUUGAAGAGCAAUUUAAUGAAUUAAAAAGUGAUAUAAACAUGUUAAGGUGUUUUUUGGAAGAUGCAAGUGCUAAGACACAUACAAGUGCCAUGGUGAGAAACACUAUCAAAGAGAUCAAAGAAAUUGUUUGUGACGCAGAAGAUAUAAUCGAAACCUUUCUUCUAAAGGAAGGACUCGGAAAUACCAGUGACAUCAGGAACAGUGUGAGAAGAUUUUCUUGCGUUAUCUUGGAACGCAAGGGACUUGCCUUUGAUAUGGAAGCCCUAAGUAAUAGGAUCUCUAAGGUGAUCCGCCAUAUGAAGAUUCUUGGCGUUCAACAGGUCAUUACCAACGAAGGGUAUACACAGUCUCUACAAAAAAGGAAAAUGAAAAUGCGACAAACGUUUUCUAAUGACAAUGAAGGCGUUCUUGUGGGGUUGGAGGGAAACGUUAAGAUAUUGGUGGGCUAUUCGGUGAAUGAAGAUAGUAAUAGUCAAGUGGUUUCUAUUACCGGGAUGGGCGGUAUUGGUAAAACCACCCUCGCAAGACAAGUUUUUAAUCAUGAGACAAUUAAUAGUCACUUUGAAGGAUUGGCAUGGGUAAGUGUUUCACAACAAUUUACAAGGGAGUAUGUGUGGCGUACGAUUUUGCAGAAACUUAGGCCAGAAUGUAAAGUGUCAAAGAUGACGGAAGACGAACUUCACAAGAAACUCUUUCAAGUGUUGGAAACACAAAAGGCUUUGGUUGUUCUUGAUGAUAUGUGGACAGAAGAAGAUUGGGACCUGAUAAAACCAAUGUUUCCACAAGAAAAAGAAUAUAAGGUUGAUGAAGAAAUGGAAGAGAUGGGUAAGCGAAUGAUCAGCCAUUGUGGAGGUUUACCGUUGGCUGUUAAGGUGUUAGGCGGGCUGUUAACUUCACAGUCCACAUUGCGUGAGUGGAAAAGGAUAUAUGAAAACAUCAAGGCUCACAUCAUUGAAGUGACUAGCUUCAGUGACAAAAAUAUCAGCGCAGUUUUGUAUAUGAGCUUUGAAGAGCUACCUAUCUAUUUGAAGCAAUGUUUCCUUUACUUAUCCUAUUUUCCAGAAGAUGAUGAAAUAGAUGUGGAGAAAUUGUCUUACUACUGGGCUGCGGAAGGAAUACCAAGACCAAGGUAUUACGACGGAGCUAGCAUUCGAGAUAUCGCAAAUGGAUACAUAGAAGAGUUGGUGAAGAGAAACAUGAUUAUUUCCAAAAGAGAUGUUGGUUCUUCAAGAUUUGAAACAUUUCACUUGCAUGACAUGAUGAGAGAAGUUUGUCUUCUCAAAGCUGAAGAAGACAAUUUCGUACAAACUUCUGAUGCAAGUACCUACACAGCAAUUUCAACUUCUCAAUCUCAAAGUAGAUCUCGCAGACUCAUCAUACGAUCACCUGAUCAAACAAAGGUUACGAUGGAGGGGUAUAAUCCAAAACUAAGAUCUCUCCUGUUCAUCAUGAAGGAACCCAUGCUUAUUUGGAAUCCAUCAGGGUCAAGCUCUACAUUUACAAGUCUACAUUGGAUGGCAUCAGGUUUAUGUUUCACAAAACUACAACUGAUGAGGGUUUUGGACCUUUCUAGAGCUGAAUUUGAAGGAGAGAAGUUACCCUCUAACAUUGGAAAGCUCAUCCAUUUGAGAUACUUGAGUUUAUACCUUGCGCGUGUAACUCAGCUACCAUCUUCUAUCCGGAAUCUGAAGCUUCUUCUCUAUUUGAAUCUACACGUAGAUGCAAAAUGUCCAGUUCAGUUGCCCAAUGUCUUGAAGGAGUUACAAGAAUUGAGAUACCUUGCUUUACCAGCUAAUCUACAAGAAAAGACCAAACUGGAAUUAGGUAACCUAAUCAACUUGGAGACGUUCAAGAAUUUCUCAACUAAGCAUAACAGCCUAAAAGAUCUUCACCGUAUGAAAAGGUUAAAGAGUCUCUCAAUUUUAUUAAACGGCGAGAGGUGCACGAUGGAAACUCUACCUUCAUGUCUAGGUGGAUUGAGAAACAAGAUAGAAGAUCUUACUGCAAGGGAUGAGAAGGGUGAUGGAAGUGAGUUUGACGUGAACUUUGCUUAUCUGGUUGGUUUAGGGGAAAAAUCAUUCUGUGGGAGGAUAAUGUUUUGCUCGAUAGGUUUAUUUCCUCAACUACAAAAGCUUGACUUGCAUAGAUUAUAUGAAUGGGAGGAGUGGAUCGUUGAAGAAGGCUCCAUGCCACUUCUUCAUACUCUUAGUAUUUGCUAUUGUCCAAAGUUGAAAGAGCUUCCUGAUGGGCUGCGAUUUAUCACUUCCUUGAAAGAACUGACUGUGGUCACAACUAAAAGAGAAUUUAAAGAGAAAUUGUCCAGAGGAGGAGAAGAUUCCUACAAAAUCCAACACAUUCCUCUUUGUAACAUAAAAUUUGACAAGAACGUGUAUAUUUGA